AGGUUGUCCUCAACGUCCAUGGCGCGGUGUCCUGGGCGCGCAGAAACUGCUGCAUACCCGCCGACCGAAAAUCCUGGAAAAAUGGGGCCGGAAAACGACGGCAGAGGCGCGUAAUCGGCUCCACCCCGAAUGCUGCCCCAAAGUUUUGGGCACGCAUCCAUAUAAGCGCUGGGGCGCGGGCAGUCCCGCAUCCCCCUUCCCUUCCUCCACCUCCUCCUCCCCCUCCCCCGCAACGUCGCCAUGUCCGACGUCGGCGUCAAAAUGCGCACCGCGGACGAGCAGCCGUCCGACCUGAACAUCCCGGACAACUACGUCCAGCACACGCUCAAGACGACGAAGCCGCUCCCGCCCGUCACCUGGGCGAACCUGCUGCAGAACAUCAACUGGAUCAGCUUUACGCUGCUGACGGCGACGCCGAUCAUCGGCGCCUGGGGCGCUUUCACGACGGAGCUGCGUUGGGAGACGGCGGCGUUUGCGGUCUUUUGGUACUUUGUGACCGGCCUGGGGAUCACGGCCGGGUACCAUCGCCUGUGGUCUCACCGCGCGUACAAUGCGUCUAUUCCGCUGCAGUAUGCUCUCGCUCUUGCGGGUGCUGGCGCGGCCGAGGGUAGCAUCAAGUGGUGGAGCCGUGGUCAUCGUGCCCACCACCGCUACACUGACACUGAACUCGACCCGUACAACGCUCACAAGGGCUUCUUCUACUCGCACAUCGGCUGGAUGUUGGUCAAGCCCCGCCGCCGCCCUGGUGUCGCGGACGUCUCUGACCUCUCCAAGAACCCUGUCGUGCGCUUCCAGCACACGCACUACGUCAAGCUCAUGGUCUUUAUGGCCUUCAUCCUCCCCACCCUCGUCGCCUGGCUCGGCUGGGGCGACGCGCGCGGCGGCUACAUCUACGCCGGCGUCAUCCGCCUCUGCUUCGUCCACCACUCAACCUUCUGCGUGAACUCGCUCGCACACUGGCUCGGCGAGACGCCGUUCGACGACAAGCACACGCCGCGCGACCACUUCGUGACCGCGCUUGCUACGAUCGGCGAGGGGUACCACAAUUUCCACCACCAGUUCCCGAUGGACUACCGCAAUGCGAUCAAGUGGUACCAGUACGACCCGACGAAGUGGUUCAUCGCGACUUGCCGCUCGUUCGGUCUUGCGAGCCACCUCAAGGUGUUCCCCGACAACGAGGUCCGCAAGGGCCAGCUCACGAUGCAGCUCAAGCGCCUGCGCGAGACUCAGGAGCGCCUGGCUUGGCCGUCGGACAGCAACGACCUGCCGGUCAUCACCUGGGAGUCCUUCCAGGAGCAGGCCGCAAGCCGCCCGCUUAUCCUCAUCGCCGGCUUCAUCCACGACGUCUCGACGUUCAUCGACGAGCACCCCGGCGGCGCGCACCUCAUCAUCAAGUUCAUUGGCAAGGACGCGACGACCGCGUUCUUCGGCGGCGUCUACGACCACUCCAACGCGGCGCACAACCUGCUCGCGAUGAAGCGCGUCGGCGUCCUCCACGGUGGUGCCCCGCAUAUUCUGGACCUGGCAGAUGAGAAGAAGAUCCCUCCCUCGCAGCGCUUGAAGAUCGCUCGGUACAACGAGCUGAGCUCGAGCGGCUCCAGCUCGGAGGCGGGCUUCUAGAUGCCCUGGUCUGGUGUUCGUCGUUGGAUGGGUGGUGUGGCAUUGACAAGCUACGCAUUGGUGUUCUCUCGAUGCGGGCGCUGUGGCCGCUUGAUACGGGCAGGUCAUAGACGCGGGAGGCUGAGGGUCUCAUUAAAGCUGACGUUACGCAUGGCAUGG